CCCACCCUGUUGCUGUUCUAUGCCACCCCCCGUCUGGUUGAAAAUGGCGUUUUCUUCCAAAAUUAUUGGCCAAGCUGGGGCCGCGUCCUGGAAGAUUAUCAGCCAGUACCGUCGGGCCGGGCUACGUGCAGUAGCCUUGUAAUAGUUCUCCUUUUUUGUGCCUCAAUUUAUUAGAUAUGAGUCCGGUUAGUCACCACGGUUCUAGUGUUGUAGUUGUCUCAUCUGGAUAAAAAUGGCAGCGGUUCUUUCAUCCGAGAAGAGCAUGUUGAUACUAUGCUGUAUGUAGUACUCUCUACGUGUUUCUAUCGCUUGGGCUGGCCUGUACCGAUCGAGACCUUUAUUUCCUAGUGGCCAUUUUAUUUUCCUAGCGCUCGUCGUCGUCGCGUGAUUUGCCGAUGUCGACUAGAAUGUACGCACUUAUGGAAGUAUAUCGAAACCGAAAGAGGAAAACAAUGAUAAGGAGAUAAUGAUGAAUGAGAAUACAAGUGAAAUGCAGAACACCUUCUACAGAGGGGCGGUCGUUGCGUGAGUGCUGUCAUUGGAUCGCAGGAUCCUCGAGACACUCGCGCAGGAGCAGACGUUUUCGGCAACGUAGUUUGUUUCAGAUAUAUUUAUUUUGAAGAAUCAACGGAUACCGCACCAGUGUUUUUCUUUUUUUUUUUCGAUUGUAGUAGAAACGAUUCGCCUACACCUUUCAUGAUCGCAAAAAUACGUAAAUGCAUUUCAAUUUCUUGUUUUUGUCCAUUUUCAGACAAUAUGGAACUUUUUUCGAGAAGAAAAUUUAUCAUUGCAACCUUUUUUUGAUGCUCGGCAAGCAUUAAAAAUUUAUCCUGCGUCGACCACUCCUUCAGCAACUGGUACGAUUUUGAACGCCAAGUAGUGCCAGAAAAUGGACGAGACGUCGAACUUGCUUCGCUACUGAAGCUUUCGACUCAAGUUCUUGUUCUACUUUCUGGCUCACUAUCAUCAGAUGUGAACGUCAGCUGCACUUUGUCUAGCCAAAGCCAAACAGUACUGUAGUCGUCGAAUUAUUCCAAAUACAUAGUUGGAUCAUUAAAAAACUCGCGUGCUGUUCGUUGCUGUGCUGACGGAUGCAGGGCCGAUUUGGUCCUCGGUGGUGUCAUCCAUAUCACGCUUCGGCUGCUCUCGCGAGAACGACAACAAGACUGGAAGGCUUGACGAGCAGUGCAAGGACUCUAGGCUUGAUGGGAUUUGUGUAGUUUCUUAAGUUGCGCUCGCUAUUAUACUUACGAAGAUUAUUUCCACUGCCAAGAACCACGAUUGUGCCAAUUUAGCGGAACAUGAAAUAGCGGCAAUGGCAAAGAAGCAGAUUGGAAAUACAAAUUACCCAAGCACCAACACACCACCACUUGUUUCUUUUGCUUUUUUGCAAAAAAGAAUGAUUAAUUAAUAGUACUGUUGGGAAGCAAGAUACAGAUAGAGCUUUUGUUUAUGUUUUCUGCAAUAUCUUGAGCUUUUUUUUUUCUCUUCCGGCCCAAUAGCGUUGUUUGUCGCUUAUCUCAGGGUCGGGGGUUCCGCUUUUGUUUUGAAAGAGUGCUGGUAUGGAUUGCAUAUAUGUCUGGGUCUGGAAACUUGUGACGCUACGAAGGAUAUAGUGUGUGCGCACGCUGUAAUCCGCUGCGAAGCAUGAGAAGUUUUUCCGUGGUUCUGAGUUUGCGUUUUUGCAUGAGCGGCAAGAGGCACUCUGCGCGGCUACGCAACACAGAGCUCAGAGUCAUGCCAGACUCGCAUGACAAACACAAAUCUCGCAACCUCCCAGACCCAGACAUUAUAUUUGCAGUGGAUAAGUGGUUGCUUCCAAGAACGAAGUUUAUUGGGACCAUGUGCAGCUCGAGCUCCCACCGACUUCGCGUGAAAAUAGCGGGGCACUUCAAUGUAUGAGAGCUGGAGUUAGAGGUUGCGCAACAAUUGGACCCCCUUUCGCCAUGGCGAAAGGGGGGGUAGCGGCCCG